AUGCGUCCGACGCAACCUCUCCGCGCCAGCGGCGCCCCCGACUACCGAAUUGGAACCUACCUGGGCGGCUGGGGCUCCUUUGGCGGCUCCAAGCAGAAGGGCGUCGUCACCUACGGCGUCGCUGCCAACCGCCAGAACCCCUUUGCCGGCGCCGUUCACGAUGCCAUCUUCAACACCUUCCGCCGCACCAAGGCCCAGAUCUUUUACUGGCUGCCUCCCCUGGUUGCCGGCUACUACCUGAUGAACUGGGCCACCGAGCGCAACCACUACCUUCAGUCCAAGGCUGGCCGUGCCGAGUUUGCCGACGUGGAGGAGUAA